AUGAACUUUGUAGAGAAAAAGGAACUUAAAAAUUCAGAUGAGAGACUAAAGCUCAAGGAAGCUAACCGUGCAUACACCGAGUGCAUUUCUAAGGAUUUCCUUAAUAGAUUCCUAGCAGGAGAGAAGGUUGAUGCUAAUGAUUUUUGUGUUAACGAGAGAGUUAGAAUGGAGCAGCUUGAUAGAUAAAUUUAUGGACAGCUAAAUAUCUGA